UACGUGCUGACGUCGGGGAAGGACAGCGUGGUAAAACUGUGGGAGCUGUCGACAAGUCGUUGUCUCAUCAGCUACACUGGUGCCGGAACUUUAGGACUGCAUACUCAUCGCUCCAACGCAGUGUUCAAUCACACCGAGGAUUAUGUCCUUUUCCCGGAUGAGGUGACAAAAAGUCUGUGCUGUUGGGACUCUCGCAAUGCCGAUCGUCAGCGUCUACUGCCACUGAGUGAGUAG